GUUUAGCAACACUCUCACAAGCCUGGUGAACUUGUUUUGUUGCUUUUGCUAAAUUCACAGUUUAAUUGUUACAAUUAUAAAAACAAAUAACUAAAAGUCGUAUUUACACAACAAUCAACAACAACGAUACACAACUGCAACGCUUUGGUUUCAUCUCUUUCUAAAUUCUAAAUCCCAUUGCCUAAGUAGAGUAUUUAAGAAAGAGCAAACAUUUUUGUCUAUUAAAAAACAAACUAUCGAAAACGCAAUGUCGGAUCUUUUUACCACUUUCGAUAGCAACAGCGGGCAACACGAUACACCAAUGGCAUCGCCCUCUCAGCACAGCCCCAUGACAAACAACAACAGUAAUUCUUCAUCCACACAGAACGGUGGAGCAACAGCGGCUCAAGCAGCCGCUGCUGCUGGUGUUGGUGGUGGUGGUGGUAGCGGUGGUAGUGCCGGUAGUGCAGGGGCUAGUGGUAAUAAGAGCACAAGCCACAAUGUUGCAACGGGCGCAGAAAAUACUCCUAUGUUAACCAAACCGCGCCUCACAGAACUGGUGCGCGAAGUGGACACCACCACACAGCUGGAUGAGGAUGUGGAGGAAUUAUUACUGCAGAUUAUCGAUGACUUUGUCGAGGACACUGUUAAAUCGACGAGCGCCUUUGCCAAGCAUCGCAAAUCAAAUAAGAUCGAGGUACGCGAUGUGCAGCUGCAUUUUGAGCGGAAAUAUAAUAUGUGGAUACCGGGCUUUGGUACAGAUGAGCUGCGUCCGUAUAAACGUGCUGCGGUCACCGAGGCGCACAAACAGCGUCUGGCCUUAAUUAGGAAAACCAUAAAGAAAUACUAGAGGGCAAUGGAUGUAGUUUGCAUGGUAUUUCAUUUGUUGAUAGGUAGUUUGUUUUUUUUUUUUAAAUUUUAGUUUUCAUAAAAUAACACUCCACUUUAUUUAUAUAAGCAGCAAAGUUAUAUCACGGCUAAACAAUAGUUUACAAUUUAUAUCAAUUUUUAAAUAUACAAGAAAACAAGAUAUAAGC